ACAGAUUCCUCACUCUCUUGUCCAAACCCAUAAAACACAACUCCAAGAAAAUGGCACCCAUCUUCUCCUUUCUCAGCAUCGUCUCCCUGUACGGAACCUAUCUCCGCCGCUCCCUCUCCGCCGCCGGCCUCUCCUCACAAACCAUCGACAUCGACCACGAAACCACCCUCCACUUCUGGGGCCCGAAACCGCCACCAGACGCCACUGCCAACCCCAGCAAACCCUCUCUCGUCCUCAUCCACGGGUUCGGCCCCGACGCCGUCUGGCAAUGGCGCCAGCAGGUGUCCUUCUUCGCCCGCGAGUUCUCCGUGUACGUGCCCAGCCUCGUCUUCUUCGGCGACUCCACCACCAAGUCGGCCGAGCGGUCGGAGGUCUUCCAGGCGGUCUCGGUGGGGAAGCUGAUGGAGAGGCUGGGCGUGAAGAGGUACUCGGUGAUGGGGACGAGCUACGGGGGGUUCGUGGCAUACAGCAUGGCGGCGAUGUGGCCGGAGAGGGUGGAGAAGGUGGUGAUCGCGAGCUCCGGGGUGAACCUAAGGUACAGGGAUAACGUGGAGCUGGUGAGGGACAGGGCGAGGGUGGAGAAAGUUGAGGAGGUUUUGCUGCCGGGGACGGCGGCGCAGUUGAGGGUUUUGCUUGGUCUUGCUUUUACCAAGCGUCGCGUCUCCGUGCCAGAUUUCUUGUUAAACGACGUCAUUCGGAAACUGUACUCGAAAAACAGGAAGGAGAAGAUGGAACUCCUCAAGGGAUUGACCCUUGGAAAGGACGACACAGUAAUAUUAUCCCCUCUUCAUCAGGAGGUGUUGAUUGUGUGGGGAGACCAUGACCAGAUAUUUCUAUUGGAGAAAGCUACUGAACUAAAGGAGCUUCUAGGGGAGAAGGCCAGACUGGAAGUGAUAAAGAACACGGCGCAUGUGCCCCAAAUCGAAAACCCUGGGAAAUUCAACAGCAUUGUCUACAACUUCUUGCUUGGGUCCUCCUUGUGAUCGUGUUCAUGUUGUUAAUUACUUUUACGAGAAAAUAUUGGAAGAAUCGAUUGAGUUUAAGAAGUGAUGUACAAACCAUGGUUGCAAUGCUCUGCAUAAAUCAGUUUCGCUUUUGUAUACGGAGUCGUCGUUUUGUUCACCCUCCUUGUCCAUCUAUCUGGGCUCUACUACUUGAUGUUUAAGCUCUGGUAUAUCGGAAGAAGUUCUAAACCAAUGUAAUCUUGAGGUGAAUGAAAUUUAUUUUUCUUACUUCUUCAA